CACUGAGUGAGGCCGGGGAUUGAACCUACAUCCUCAGGGAUACUAGUCAGAUUCAUUUCCAUUGAGCCACAACAGGAACUCCAAGAGCCCACUAUAAUUCCAGUCUCAUAUUUAUCCAUGGCCUUAAACCUUGCUUCUGUCAAAUGUUACGCUUCAUUUUUUCUUCUGAGUUAAAAAGAGGGGGAAAUGGUUUUUCAAACUCAAAACAGAACCUUUUAUAAUCAUUUACCUUUGGCUUUAGCAGCACUUUGCAUCCUAAGAUUAAAGGUGUCACUCAUCACACAGAACCUGCCUUUUUUGUGCCCCUAAGGCUUGUUGCUUUCCCUUUUAUUUUCCCACUUUUUCUGAAGAAACCCUGGGAAGACUGUGGAAUGUGGCUGCUAAGCAGAUCUUUGCACUGUAGAUAAUAAGCCUCAGGAAAUCCUGCCAGAUGUCUCAAAGCAUUGACUUCCUGGUUGAGGACUAGAGAGUAAUUGUGGAGUAGCUCAGGGUGUGACCCAGCCCUGGGAGAAUUUAGGCACAAAGAGAAGAGACUGGGAAUGAUUCUCAUUGUCUUAAUGUUGGAAGGGGAAAAAAAAAUAAAACCGUGUUGUCACUAGAAAGAUUCCCAAACUAGUGUUUACCUUAGCUUGCUUGUACAUAGCAGUCAACCUGAAAUGAUUUGUGGGUUCACGGAGAUCACAAGGCCAAGUGUUGUUACCAUGUAUACCACUCGCAGCCUUUAAUUGUAUGCUCUGAGAUUACAUAGGUUUGUAAACCACAUUUAGGAAGCUUUUUCUCCUGCGUGGUUUUAACCUCUGGUGUUGACUGAGCAACACAUCUUGCAGUAAGCACUUAUUCUGUAAGAGCACCUACCUUGCCUACAUUCACUAACAUUUUAAGAUGUCUGAUUUGGGUUUGUUUGUUUGUUUUUUUAAAUUCCUCCCCAUGGUCACCCUGAGAAGUCACCACCUUCGGGUCUGGGCAGGACUCUGUGCUACCUCGUCCUCCUCCUGAUUUGAGUUUUUCUCUCUCUAGAUAGGUACUGUCCUAUACAAUAGCCACUAAUCACAUUAUAACUACUUAAAUAAAUUAAAAAUUAAUUCAAAUUAAAAUUUCAGUUCCUUAGGCACAACUAGCCACACUUCACUUACUCUAGCUAUGUGUGGGCUUGUGGCUUCCCUUCUGGACAGUAUGUUUAUAGAACAUUUCCAUCACUGCAGAAGGUUCAAGUAGACAUUACUGCCGUCCAUUUUAUUUCCUUUGUAUUGUUCUCCCUGACUUCUCCUGUGGACAUCCCAUAGAACAGGAACUGGAGCUGCAUGGAAGCUUCACUUGAGCCUUGCCCUAGAGAGAGAAGGCAACAACUUCAGCUUCUCCUGACCCAGAGUGAGAAUCAGAUGUCUAAUCUUGUCUCUCUUUGACUUUGUCCUUAAACGUUCCCAAAAAUCAUAAAGAUUUAAUGUCGGUACCCAGUAAUUUAUCCUCAAUAAACUGCAUCCAUCUUUAGUAAUAGUCCUGCCUGAAUCAUAUCUAAUGAACGGAAGAAAAUUUUCAUUUAUGGAAGACAAAAUGUGAUAAGAAAAGGUAUAGAAACUAGUCUUCAUCUUGCUUGAUAAUAAAUUCCUCUACACCCUCUGUUGGAAUAAGCUUGGACAGUAAGAGAAACGCUACCCACCUCAGAAGACUCAGGUCAUCUAGUAUCAUCUCGAUCUCAAUUGCUGUGUGAAGGAAUAUGUAUCAUUUCGUAUCUGAGAAUACAAAAAGCACUUGUACCAUGGGCUUAGUCCUGCCUCUCUGGAGUGACACCCUAAUUCACUUGGACGGUGAUGGUGGGUUCAGCGUAUCAACAGAUAACAGAGUUCACAUAUUCAAACCAGUAUCUGUGCAGGCAAUGUGGUCUGCACUACAGAGUUUACACAAGGCUUGUGAAGUGGCCAGAAUGCAUAACUACUACCCUGGCAGCCUGUUUCUCACCUGGGUGAGUUAUUACGAGAGCCAUAUCAACUCAGAUCAGUCCUCAGUCAACGAAUGGAAUGCUAUGCAGGAUGUGCAGUCCCACCGGCCUGACUCUCCAGCUCUCUUCACAGACAUACCAACUGAACGUGAGCGAACAGAAAGGCUAAUUAAAACCAAAUUAAGGGAGAUUAUGAUGCAGAAGGAUUUGGAGAACAUCACAUCCAAAGAGAUACGAACUGAGUUGGAAAUGCAGAUGGUGUGCAACUUGCGAGAAUUCAAGGAAUUUAUUGAUAAUGAGAUGAUAGUGAUCCUUGGUCAGAUGGAUAGCCCUACACAGAUAUUUGAGCACGUGUUCUUGGGCUCGGAAUGGAAUGCCUCUAACUUAGAGGAUUUACAGAACCGAGGAGUGCGGUAUAUCUUGAAUGUCACUCGAGAGAUAGAUAAUUUCUUCCCAGGAGUCUUUGAGUAUCAUAACAUCCGAGUGUAUGAUGAAGAGGCAACGGAUCUCCUGGCUUACUGGAAUGACACUUACAAAUUCAUCUCUAAAGCAAAGAAACAUGGAUCUAAAUGCCUUGUGCACUGCAAGAUGGGGGUGAGUCGCUCAGCCUCCACUGUGAUUGCCUAUGCAAUGAAGGAGUAUGGCUGGAACCUGGACCGAGCCUAUGACUACGUGAAGGAAAGACGAACCGUGACCAAGCCUAACCCCAGCUUCAUGAGACAGCUGGAAGAGUACCAGGGGAUCCUGCUAGCAAGCAAACAGCGGCAUAACAAGCUCUGGCGAUCUCACUCAGAUAGCGACCUCUCAGACCACCACGAACCCAUCUGCACACCAGGGCUGGAACUCAACAAGAAGGAGAUCACUACCUCAGCAGACCAGAUUGCUGAGGUGAAGGCCCUGGAGGGUCACCCACCCAUACCUCCUGUCUUCGUGGAGCAUGUUGUCCCACAAGAUGAAAAUCAGAAAGGCCUGGGUACCAAAGAGAGAAUGAUCUGCUUGGAGUUUACGUCUAGGGAAUUUCAUGCCGGACAGAUUGAAGAUGAAUUAAACCUCAAUGACAUCAAUGGAUGCUCAUCAGGGUGUUGUCUCAAUGAAUCAAAAUUCCCUCUUGACAACUGCCAUGCAUCCAAAGCCUUAAUCCAACCCGGACAGGACCCAGAAAUGGCCAACAAGUUCCCAGACCUAACAGUGGAAGAUUUGGAGACAGACGCGCUGAAAGCAGACGUGAAUGUCCACUUACUGCCUUUGGAGGAAUUGACAUCCCGCCUGAAAGAUCUCCCCAUGUCCCCUGAUCCAGAGUCACCAAGCCCCCAGCCCAUUUGCCAGGCCGAAGUCUCAGAUUUUAGUACAGAUCGCAUUAACUUUCUUAGUGCCCUAGAGAAGUUUGUAGAGCUUUCCCAAGAAACCCGUUCCCGAUCUUUUUCUCACUCGAAGAUGGAGGACCUGGGUGGAGGAAGAAGUGAGAGCUGCCGACUGUCAGCAGUGGAAGUAACCCCUUCUGAAAUGACAGCUGACGACCAGAGAAGCAGCUCUUUGAGUAACACUCCCCACGCCUCUGAAGAGUCCUCAAUAGAUGAGGAACAGUCAAAGGCAAUCUCAGAACUGGUCAGCCCAGACAUCUUCAUGCAGUCUCACUCAGAAAAUGCAAUUUCAGUCAAAGAAAUCAUCACUGAGAUUGAAUCCAUUAGUCAAGGAAUUGGACAGAUUCAAGUGAAGGGAGACAUCCUGUCCAACCCAUGCCAUACACCAAAGAAGCACAUCGCGCACGAGCUGGCCCUUGAGAGGGCCCACACCUUGGAGGACAAACCUGGAGAUCUGGAGCAGAAUGAGGGUUCCUGUGCAGCCCAGCCUGAACUAGCCAAAGACUCAGGGAAGUGGGACCCAGAAGGGUGCCCAGCGGCACACGCAUCCACCACAGAGCUGGAAGGAGAGGAACCAGCCGAGGGGGAACAAGAGCUCUGGGGCCCAGGGAUGCCCCCUGGUGCCAAGUGGUAUCCUGGGUCCGUGAGGCGAGCCACCUUGGAGUUUGAGGAGCGCUUGCGGCAGGAGCAGGAGUACCAUGGGGCUGCCCCUGCAGGUACCUUGUCCACUCGUAAGAAUUCCAAGAACGAUUCUUCUGUGGCAGACCUAGCACCAAAAGGGAAGAGUGAUGAAGCCACCCUGGAACAUUCUGUUGUCCCCAAGGAACCAGAGAUGAGCAAGAACAAAGGGAAAUGCGGUGGGUCUGAGGCUGGCUCCCUGCACCAGCCUGAGCAACAUGCCCUUGUCCCAGCACCCGAGCUGCUGGAAUCUCACGCUUGGCCAGCUCCUCAGCAGGGCCCAGGGUCAAUUCCCAGAGCACAGCAAGCGGGGGGAGUCCUGAAGGAGCAGAGCACAGUGGUCUCGUGCCAGAGACCCGAGAUGCCAGCAGUCCCUCUUCCCCUCCCCAAGAAGAUGGAAAUCAUCGAGUAUACCCACACCGCCACAUGCCCUGGACCAGCGGGGGAAACAGCCACCAGUGCAAAGAGUGGGGAGCAGGAACUGCGGGAAGUGCACACGGAGAAGUCCAUCACCAUCUUGUGUGCCCUGGAUGAAAAUCUGAACAGGACACUGAGCCCUGACCAGGCUUCUCUGCACUGCAAAGUGCUACCUCUGCCUCGUUCUUCCUCCCCCGAGUACGGCAGGCCCGCUGACCCGACCUCCACCCCGAGCAGCCCUGAAGACUGGGCCAGCAGCCCGGCAGCUGCCCUGGAAACAGCAGCGCCUUUUGUCAGUCAUACAACCCACAUACUGUCUGCCAGCCUGGAUUGCCUGCCUCCCCAGACCGUGGUUCACCUGGAAGGCUUCACAGAACAAAGCAGCACCACAGAUGAGCCCUCCGCAGAGCAAGGCAGCUGGGAAGAAAGCCAGGAGGGGCCUGCCCCCAGGCACAGUGAAGUGCCAUAUAAAGGCCCCCAGUUAAGUAUCGAAGACCUGCAUUUAAUUAGCAAACUUGGUGACAAUAUUGGGGAGCAACAAGAAAAACUGGCCCCAUCCCCCGUAGCCUGUCAACUCCCGCACAGCUCUAGUAGCAGCAGCAUGAAGGGUCUCAGUCACAGCCCCAGUGUGGUGAAGGAGCGUGCUAAAGAAAUCGAGUCCCGAGCCAUUUCCCAGGUAGGGCUCACCAAACCUUCUCAGAUGAGGCGUUCAGCUUCCCUCGCCAAGUUAGGUAACUUGGACCUCUGUAAAGACUGUUUACCAGAGAGGGAGCCCAUCUGCUCUGAGUCCCCUCAUCUCAAACUGCUUCAGCCCUUCAUCAGAACCGACUCGGGCAUGGAGGCCCAGGAGCCCCCAGAAAACCCAGAUACCCCCCAGAACCAAGAGCCCACCAAGUAUUUUGUAGAGCAACUGAGAACAACAGAGUGUAUCGUGCAGAGCAAGCCAGUGGAGAGGCCCCUUGUGCAGUAUGCCAAAGAAUUUGGUUCCAGUCAGCAGUGCUUGCUCCCCAGAGCAGGGCCCGAAUUGACUAGUUCUGAAGGAGGCCUUCCUUUGGUACAGACCCAGGGACUGCCGUGUGCAGGCCCAGCUCCAGGGCUGGCCGUGGCGCCCCGUCAGCAGCACGGCCGAACUCACCCCCUUAGGAGACUGAAAAGGGCAAAUGAUAAAAAACGGACAACCAACCCCUUCUAUAACACCAUGUGAUUCUGAGCCUACACACGUGACUUUCUAAAAGUUUGUAAAAGGGGCAGGUGUAAUACGUAAGGAACAUGCACUUUAUUGGUUAAUUUUUAUAAUAUUUUGGUCAUUUUACUGUUUCUGGCGCAUGCAGGGUUUGGUUUUUUUUUUCCUCUGUGUGUGUGUGAGAGAGAGAGAGUUUGAUUUGGAUGGCAAGAUCAUUUUAUCAUUUUUUUAUUUUUGGAAAAAUUCAAACCUCAGAAAAUACUCAUUUUCAAAGAACACCUUUAUCAAAGGCAAAUUGCUGUUUUUCAGUCAGCUGCCACCUGCUCCUCAUUUUGCCCUCUGAGAAAAGGCGUGCUUGCUAGAGGAAGGAGGCAGAUGGGGAGGGUGGGGUUGAAGCUGGAAAUUGGAAAUGCUGCCCCCGGCCUGUGUGAUGAGGGUUUGAUCUCCAGACCUGAUGCAUUGGAUUUGCUGAAGGGGCCAGCCUCACCUCCGCGUGCUCUCAGCCUUGGGCCCCAGCCCCAACCCGUUGUAGUUCCCAAAGCGGGCAGGUUCUGCUUUGCUGUCGAAGAGGGUCUUCCAGAAUUCCUUUCUUCUGGUCUCCAGAGGAUAUCCUUACAGAAAGGCAUGAUAAUGGCUGACUUUAUGAACUUACCAAGCAAAUACUUUUUUUUAACCCCAAGAAAAAAUUUUCAUCAAAUCGAAAAUGACUGCAAGUCUGAGAGGUCCUCUGUAGGGAAAAGCCUAAGGGGAAGAAGUGAAAUGGGGGUGUGGAAAGGCUGCCACUGCCCAGUAUUUUCUGGGUGGCUGGGCUCUGCAGAAGUUGUCACAUGUGCUCUGCAGCAUCCUCCCAAAUAAAACACAAUAGGGACAAGUUUGAAAAACAGCAAUUGAAAGUCAGUGUGUUCUUAUAAAAUGAAUACAUAUGUAGGGUUUUAACCCUUCCAUUACUUGAAUAAUUCUGUGGGCCUUCUGAGUUUAAUGGCCAUGUUUUUUUUCCAAUUUAUUUUCCUCCCUCAUGCUGUUUCCCCCAGUGCUGCCUAUUUUUUUUAAUUUCAUAUAUAUUUGAAUUGUUACAUAUGUAUAACCUCCAUUGAAUGCAAAGUUUUCAAUAUUAUCACUGUUAACACUUGACAUAAGUUUUCUUCUUUUCCUGGAAGAUUUGUCAUUUCUCUAGUUUAUACACAGUAUUUAUGUAUAUAAUGUUGUCACUUUCUUACAUUGUUUUGUUUUAAAUGUUGUAGGAUCUUUUUGAUUUAUCCAUUUUUAAUAAGGGGUAAAGCUGCAACUGGAAAACACACACACCACAGAAAUAAAACUGAAGGGUGUUGUUAGGAAUCUGUAAAGUAUAUUGACAGUGGUUUCAGUUGUUUAAAUGGAGACUUCUAAUCACUAGCUCCUGCCAAAUUAUGCAUUAGUAACUUCCUCCUCAGAGAAACCCCUAAAGUCUCCCAUUAGAUCUGUUUGAUUGAAGGCUGAUUUCUCUUUGAGACUGAAAUCCCAGAAUGUUUGUCUGCCAGUAGCUGAACCAGAGCCAGGGGGUAUAUGUGAGCAUUACAGCUGCCCAGGGCGGAAGCUGCUAAUGGAUUAGGCUGAAAGGCUGCAGGGAGGCCUUGGCCAUGGGUGGGUGCCCUUAAUGACUCCAUUUAGGAUGCUGUUGCUUUGCUGCUAUUGUAGAGGUCCUUAACAGAGGAGCACCUGCCAUAAACAAGCCUAUUUCAGCUUCUUACAGAAAACCUAUUUAGCCUGGAAUGGGACACUCUCUGCAGCUCAUCAAAACUGAAGAGGUUUGCAGAUUUGCUUCCUGAUGGCUUUGUUUGAUGUCCGUGCUGCUGAGAGAUUGACCAAGCACAGACCUGAGAUUUAGGUUUUAGGUUCAUCACAGCACUUAGAAAGACAGACGCACAGACUGUCAAGGUGAUGUCAGAGGACAUGACCCAAAGGAGAGAGAAAAUGUGGACCGAGGCCACUCAUAGGUGCUUGAGAGGAGCUGUGGAGCCUGUUGCCAGGUGGAGACAGUGGUUGGGUGGGACACCACUGCCAGAAGGCAGAUUGGACAGAAACCUUCUGCUCUAAGUGUCUUUAUGGUGCAGUCAUUAUAUGUACCUGUGCUGCCCCUCAGUGAUUUCCUUAAAUGUUCGGAUGUAUCAUCCACACAGCUUUGUGACUCCUGGAUACUUAAUGUGUUGUAAAGUGUUUUGCUAGGUGGCAUGUUCCAGUGUGAGGAAGCUUGCAAGACUGAGUUACAAAUUUCCAGGGUUCAUGCAUCCAAACUGCCCUGUCUUGUUGAGGCAGUUCCAUCACCAGUAAGUUGGGGAACGGACAGGAGACUGUGGUGGGGGAGGGAAGAGGAAGAUUUGCAUGGAGGUUGAGAGAGUGGUGGGACUCUUGCUCAUCCCUGGAGAUCACCAUUUCAUCCCUCAUAUUAAGAAGUACAUGUGGAAUUGACAGUACUGCUCCCUUUUCUCCCCACCAGUUUAAUGCUCACUCCCACUAUAUCAAAUUACAACAAAGAUGGGGGGAACCCUCUAAUGCUGUGAAGAAAAAAACUUUUCUUUAAAGAGAGGAAAUGGUCUUGCUCUGCCUUUUUUUUAGAACUAUAUUUUUUUAUCAUUUAAUUUACCUGCCUAAAUAAACAUCCUCUCCACAAGGUCUGUAAUUCAAUCAUGCCAUGGGAUUUUGCCAGCUCUCAAACUCCCACUGGUAAGUGUUCUUGUGUUGUUUACAUAGCCAAGCUCUGUCCAAGGGAAGUGCAUGAUGGGCUAUCAAGAACUUUCCAAACUUCAUUCUUUCCAAACUUUGUGAUAAUCUUGGGUGGCCUGUUUCCCUCUUCUGUUCAUGGAAUGCCCAGGCCCAAAACAACAGGCCUGGUAGAUUGACUGAGAUGAGUAGGAAAUUUUUGACCUCUUGCUCAGUGCCUCUCUUUCUUCUGAAAACCACCAUAGUCUGACUCAAAAUUACUCUGGAAGGGGGUGUGUGUGUGUGUGUAGAGUAACUUUGUGGUGCAUGGGUUAAAAGCCCCAGGAGCAGACAGAUUUUGAGCUGUAAUCUGGAUGGUUACCUGGUCAGUAGGAAGGAGAGAAACCCCUUUUUUGAUUUUAGAAACACUUAGGAGUAGCAUGUACUGGAGUAGACCUGCAGUACUCUAGUGUAGUAAUACUCAUCUCUCCUCAUUUUGGUUGCCUUUCAGAUCCUGAAUGUUUGGGGUCAUUCCUAACAUCUCAGCCUCUUCAGGCUCUUUAUCUAGCAUUUUCCUGGUUCUGUACCUUUAUCCCAGCUGGUAUUUCCUCUUGCUUUUGGAACUACCAAUGGCCCCAAGGACAGCCUGAGGAUGUCAGCCCAGGCUCUGAGGUCCUCUGCUGCUGCAGGGCCUCAGACAGACAAUGUUGUUAGAUAGACCUGAAGCUUCUGAGACAUAGCAGCUCACAGAAAUCUUCUCUCUCGUUCCAUUUGAGGAUUUCAGUUCUGAAGUGAUCUAGCCAUGUUUGAUAAAGAUAUUUUUGUGGGAGUUCUCUCUCUUUUUUUUUUUAAGAAAGCAUUAUGCAAAAAGGGUAACUUUCAAGGGCAUUUUAAAUUUUUUAAAUAAAGCCAUUCUUUGGCGUUUUUGAACAACUGUUUGUGGAUACUUUGUUUACAUUGUGAGUAUUAAAGCGGGCAUCAUCUUGAUGGCCGCUCAGGCUCCUCCUCCUCCAGGCACUCGACCCUGGCUGUCCUUUGAGUCCUCACACAGAGCAAGGCUGUUAUGGUCAGCCCUCACGGGUAAAUGUGGAAAACCUGGAGCUGACUUCCAUCUGUGUCCUGCACUCCCAUCCAACACCCUGUGUGGAAAUAGUUGUCAUUUCCUCAGUGAUGGUGUGUCUUACAGUGAUGGUUGUAAUGGUGAAUGGCUAGUGUCAUUUUUGUUUCAUUUCGUUUUGCUUUUUGAUGGCAGAUGAGAUGAAAUUUUAGCUCUUUCAGCAUCAAUCCAACUUAAAAGCAUCUUGGGCUUUGUUCUCCCCUCCAGACUAAAAGAUCAAGGCAUGUAUUAGGCAUAAAUGUAUGUGCUGCCUCAACUCAUCCCAUGCCCAUGUUAGGAAAAAGCCUGCCUGCCACCAAAGCAGGAAGCUGCACACUCCUAUCCCUUCUCCAGGGUAUGGGGUCCCUUGAUGCCAGGGAAAGCUAUUGCAAGGUGCUGCUGUACUUUUCCAGCCUGGAAGUGGAGGGUGGCUGGGCCUGGCUCCUGCUAUGAAAAGAGAACCAGCCUCAUUUUCUCAGUGCCCCAGAGAUCUGGGACAGGAUUUCUAAACUGGAAUCAUCCCUCAUCAGCUUGAAGAUGCCCCAAGGGGUAUGUGACUAGUGCUGCCAUCUGUGUCUUCACAGCAACACUGGUGGCAGCAUCCUGUCUGCACACGGAGAGCUAAUUCCCAGGGCCCAACUCCAGCUGAUAACCCAGUCCGAAGGCUGGGUAACUGACCCCGAAAUGUUUCCCAAUCAAUAAGUCCACAGGGAAUUGUUCGGUUUUUGUGUUUUAUUGGAAUUUGGUUUGCUUGGCAUAGCUUAAGGUGCCUUUUUUUUCUUUCUACUUUAUUUUGUAGGACUUGUUCUAAAUGUAGAAAACAAGUCCAAAGGACUCUCCCACUGACUGUUACCUUUGCCCCAGGCCACCCUAGACUUUUAUGCUCACAUUUUAUUAAAUAAAGCAGGUGCUCCCUGGAAUCUCUGGGACCUUUUUGAGGCAUUUGAAGCAGAAUAUAAAGAGUGGUCUCAUCUCCUUCCUUAAUCUUCCUGGUGGUUGGGAUGUUCCACUUGUAUCAUAGAUUUUUUUUAUUACUGAUGUGCUCCGCUGUUUUUAAAUGUGAACUUGUGCGCAAAUGUGCAGAUUCAAUGUUCUUGUUACAGAUUGAAUAAAUUUUUAUUUUGAAGAUGAAA